UAUUUUAGUCAACUCGCUUUAAAUAUAAAUUUUUUUAAGCAUGUCCGAGUUUGAAUUAGAAGAUAGCGGCUCAGAAUUCGAUUCGGAUGACAAUUCCGAUGCAGAGCUGCAAGCGGCUUUCGAGCGUGGCGAUCUAAAACCGGGUCUCAAUGUGGAAUUUAAUGGACAGCGGAACAAAAUCAAUGACAUUACCAAACUGUUGGCCAAAACACAAGCGAUACGCUUGGAUCUGCCGUGGGUAGAACGCCUCGAUAUGAUCAACAAUCUGGCGCCUUUGGCCCCCGAGCUCGCCGUGCAGCUGGAGAAGCACGAACAGAAGCGUGCCAAUCAGUUUAAGGGCAAUGCCAAGAUACCGUAUGUACGGCCCGAGGAGGAUCCGGUGCUGAAUGAUUUUAAGCGCGAGAUGAUGUUCCAUCGUCAGGCACAGAGCGCCGUGCUCGAAGGCAUCCAGCGACUGCAUGCGCUGGGCCUCAAGACACGACGACCCGACGAUUACUUUGCCGAAAUGGCCAAGACGGACGAACAUAUGCAAAAGGUGCGUUCCAAUCUGAUGGCCAAGCAGCAGGGCCAACAGAAAUCGGAGCGCAUCAAACAGAUCCGGGAACAGCGUAAAAUGGGCAAAAUGCUAGCCAAGCAGACGAAAGUGCAACGCGAGGCGGAAAAGAAGGAGAUGCUCGAUAAGUUGAAAAAGUUCCGCAAGGGUAAACUGAAGAACUUGGAUUUCCUUGAGGAUGCCAAGGCGCUGGAAUCGAAGCAGAAACAAACGGCAGCCAACCGCAAGUUGCGCAACAAAAAGUUCGGUUUUGGUGGCAAGAAGAAGGGCCUCAAGCGCAACACAAAAUCCUCGGCAGCCGGUCUCGACUCGGAGAAGUCCACUCGCCGGCAACGGGGCGUCAAAGCGGGCGCCUCGGUCAACAAGCGAUUGGGCAAAUCCCGGCGCAUGAAAGCAAAAGGCAAAAAGUGAAUUGUGAAAAUCACUUUUGUGCAUAUGAUUAAAUAGAUUUAAAUUUAUAAUUACUAAAUACAUUUUGUAUAUGUUCAUUAAAACAAUUUUCCUAACGAAACGCGCAUAAGAAGAUCUCUCUCUCUCUCUCUUAUAAGCUAUA